AUGGAAGAUUUUGAAGCACAGAGUGAUAAAGUGUUUGCAACUUCCGCGGUAGAAGAAGCGCCGAACGAGUAUAUUGAAAAAAAGGACCGCAAAUGGCUCACUACGUUAACUUUGGCGUUCAGUAGUUUGGGCUCUAUUUAUGGAGAUCUUGGCACAUCGCCCUUAUAUGUGCUAACAACUUUGUUCGAUAGUGGUGUAGAAGUUAGCGAAGCGAAUGUGUUUGGUGCAUUGUCCUGUAUCUUUUGGGUAUUCACUUUGAUUGUGAUAUGCAAGUACUGUCUUAUAGUGCUGACUUUGGGACCUAAUAAUGGCGAGGGUGGGCAGAUUGCAAUCUAUUCUAAAAUCUCUCAGGUUUUAAAUACAGGUCCAAAAGGUGUCAGUUUGGCAGGAAAUGCUCCCGAAAAAGACUCAGUAAUUUUGGAGAGGUCAAGAACUGCUGACAACCCAACAUCGACGACUAGUUCUUUGUUCAGGAAGAAAUUCUCUUUGUUGGAGCGUGCGAAUAUUAGGAAGGGAUUUUCAUUUUCCACUAUGGCAAUGUGCCUGUUGGGGUGUUCACUUGUGAUCAGUGACGGAUUAUUAACCCCAACAACUUCCGUUUUAUCUGCCAUUGAUGGUAUCGCUGUAUCUGUACCGUCGUUUAAAGAUAAGGUGCUUCCUAUUUCGGUUUGCGUACUGAUAGGGCUGUUCACCUUGCAACCUCUGGGCACCAACGUGGUAUCAGCACUGUUUUCACCAGUCAUUUUUCUUUGGUUCAUAACAAUAUUUGUGAUUGGAGUAUUCAAUAUUGUUUCUUACCCUAUGAUUUUCAAGACGCUUAACCCUGUAUAUGCAAUAAGAUUCUUGAGGCAUCACGGGAUUUAUGUUCUGGCUUCAGUUAUGUUGUCAAUUACUGGUUGUGAGGCAAUGUUUGCAGACGUUGGACAUUUCAGUCCACUCUCCGUGCAGCUUACGUUAGCAUUUUUUGUUUAUCCAUGCUUAAUUACAACAUACCUCGGCCAGGGUGCUUACCUGCUGAAGCAUCCAGAGGCUGCUUCCAACGUGUUUUAUAUGAGUAUACCAGGUAACGCAGAUACUUGGUUCUACUGGUUUGUGUUUGUGAUUGCGGCCCUAGCAACCGUUUUUGCCUCACAGACUUUGAUCUUGGGUGUUUUCUCAAUCAUUCAACAGAUGGUACAUCUUGAUUGUUGCCCUAAGCUGCGGAUUAUCCACAAGUCAGCUAAACACCAUGGUAGGGUAUAUCUUCCCGCGGUUAAUAUUAUCCUUAUGAUUGCUGUUAUAUGCACAUGUAUUGGUUUUAAAUCAUCUAAUAACGUCACUUCAGCGUACGGUCUUGGUGUGUCUAUGGAUCUAUUCCUCACAUCAACUUUCAUGGCUAUAUGUAUGAUUGUUGUUUACAAUGUCCAUUGGGCGAUAGUAUUAGCUUACUAUCUCGGUUUCGGUACUUUCGAAAUCAUUUUAGUUAUAGGCAACCUAAGGAAAGUAGCCGAUGGUGCUUGGUUUACGCUAAUGAUGACCGCAAUUACGACAGGUAUCUUUGCACUGUGGAGAUGGGGUAGAAACCUAAUGAUCCGCGAGGAACAGGAAGGUAGACCUAGGCUUAACCAAUUGAUUGUUAAUGAGCAGUCUAGAAGCCAGGAGGUGGUUCAAUUAGGGGACGAGAUUCCUUCGAUUAACAUUGCUUUGAGCCAUGUUGAUUUGAUUAUUGAAAAACAACAUCAGGUAAAACGGCUCACGAAAUAUCCAGCACUUGCAUUGUUAUUUACAGAACUUACACCUUUGCUGGAAUCUGCAGGUAGCGUUCCUAAACUUUUCAGUGAAAUCGCAAAUUCAUUCCCCAACAUCCCCGAGUUUUUUGUCUUUGUUGCCAUCAAAAUAGUAUCUGUUCCUUAUUUGGAAGUGGAUCAGAGGGUAUUAGUUGAACCUAUGAAGAAUGUUAAUGGAUUCUAUCGAUGUGUUUUCCAAUUUGGUUUCAUGAACAAGGUUGCAGUAGCGGAAGAAGACGUACGUCAUUUGUUAAGCAUCAUAGCCCUUUCAAACCCAAAUCAAUAUCAUUCUGUAUCAAAGAGUCUCGGUGCUCAAGAGUUACCGGUAAUACGAAUUUUUGGUUCUAACGUUAUUAGGGGCAAAAGAACCCAAGAGUGGGAAGGUAAAAGCAUGUUUAGUAGCCCGAAAGCGAUCACUAAAUUUUUUUUGAAACCUUUAGAAGUUGGAUUAUCGAUUAUAUCUUUUACCCACUUCAUCUCCUACAAGAUAAUCCAGAGCUGCGCAGCGGGUCAAAACACAUUGGUGAUGUGA